AAAGCUCGUCGCUGACGAGGGCCCGGGCGGGCCAUGUCGGCGCUGGAGUGGUUCGCGCACAAGCCCCUGGGCGACGGCAUCUUCUGGAUCCAAGAGCGCUUCUACGAGUCGGGCAACCGGGCCAACAUCUGGCUGGUGCGGGGCUCGCAGCGGGACGUGGUGAUCGACGCCGGGUUGGGGCUGCGGAGCCUCCCCGACUACCUGCGCGCCGCCGGCUUGGUGGAGCCGGCCGAGGGGGCCGGACGGCGGCCGCUGUUGGCCGUCGCCACCCACGUCCACUUCGACCACUCGGGCGGGCUGCAGCACUUCGAGGAGGUGGCGGUGCACAGCGCCGAGGCGGCGGCCCUGCUGCGGGGCGACAACUACGAGGCCGUCACCUGGUUGUCGGACCGGGAGGUGGGGCGGCCGCCGCGGCCCGGCUGGCGGGCACGGCACUUCCGCGUCCCCCCGGUCCGGCCCAGCCGCCUGCUGCAGGAGGGGGAUGUGAUAAGCCUUGGAGACCGACAGCUUACUGUCAUGCACAUGCCUGGUCAUUCAAGAGGCAGUAUUUGCUUACACGACAAAGACCGGAAGAUUUUGUUCAGUGGAGACGUGGUGUACGAUGGAUCCAUGAUUGACUGGCUUCCCUACAGCAGAAUAAGCGACUACGUUGCAAGCUGCCAGCGCCUCAUGGAGUUGGUGGACAGAGGUCUUGUGGAGAAGGUACUGCCUGGGCACUUUAACAUAUUUGGGGCAGAAAGGCUGUAUCGGUUAGCUUCCAACUACAUUUCGCAAGCUGGAGUUUGUCACAAGGUUUCUGCUUGUGCCAUGAGAUCCAUUGCAAGCAUAGCACUUCGCAUUACAAAUUCGAGAGUCACUUCUUAGUGACAGUGCUUUUUGUGUGAUCUAUUCCCUGUUGAAAAACCAAACGGCUUGUGAAAGUGUUGAUACAAGCAAAAGCAGUAUGCAUUAGUAAAGCACUGGCAAAUUGAUACAGAUGAGCUGCAAAAAUUCCCCCUAUUUUUGCCUACUGUACUGCUAUUUUUAUAGAAAGUAUGUAAGCUAGUAGCUGUAGCCAAAGCUACCAUUUUUCUUUCUAUUUUUUCAGGGCUUGUUUGCACACAUAUUGUGAUUGAAAUAUAUUGUUUUAUUUUUGUUAUGAUUCUGACGGAUGCAUGUAUGCCAAAAUGAGAGGGGUUUACCUUCAUGCCUGAAACCUUGUUGAUGUAGCACUAGGCUUGUGACUAUUCACUCAAGUCCUGCUCAGGUUUUGGCCUAACACAGCUUGUGCUAAGACAUGGUGUUUGCUGGGAGCAGCGCCGUUAGGUCAAAGCAAGAGCAACACCUAUGCAGGAGUCGGUGGGCAGAAAGAGGUAAGGGCCAUUCUGCAGCCAUUGUCACCUGCCGCUUGGUGUCUGCUGCACCCAUCAUUGCCUGCAUCUUUGCAAAGGAGCUGUCUGGCAGUUUCUUUAGAAUCCACUAACGUGGAAAUGCUAUAGACCAAACUUCCAAGCUGGCAGGUGUAGAUACAUCAGCUUACCCAAAAAGCUUUUGAUGCGGAUCCAACAGCUGACGGACUGUUGAGGCUUUCAUGCUUACCAGUGUGGUGAGGGAAACACCUGCACCAUGAUAGAGGAGCAAGAAUGAGCACUCUCACCAUCAGCUGGGGAACUGUUUUGCUUAUAGGCGUGUGAGUUAGGAAUUAGAGAAUUUGUGAACUAAUAAAUUAAUGUGUUAGACUAGCCUGUACAAAGUGGAUUGAGCCCUUGCUUGAUGUGUUUGGUUUUUUUCUGAUGAGCUCAUAAAAAAGAAAAUUUAUUUACAGAGUAUAUUGUUCUGUAAAUUUGAGAGAACUGGACUGUGACAAGCUUAAAGGUUUUAUUUGUGUUUUAAGAGUAUUUUUAUGUGACUGGAUUGUAACUUGGCUGUUAAUGCUCUGUGGUAGGGCAAGGAUGGAGGCUUUAGCAUUAUCUUGCCCUAAUGCAGGUGCUGUAUUAAACAGCUGGUACCCUUAUUACCACAAAGUGAAUGUAACUUGAACUGUUCACUGUUUGCUUAUGAAGUGUUUGGUGUAUAUGGUUUUUAUGAAACGUAAAGUGCAUUGCAUUUAAGUCUGUUCCAAAAAAAGUUUAAUACAUUGAGAAAUGCUAAAUGACAUUGUAACUUGCUUAUGAAAAUUGAAUGUGUGAUAUUUAAAAGCUGUUGAAAUGGUUAGAGUUUGUGUAAUUAUUCUAACAGUCUCUUUCUCUAUUUAACUUUUUUAAAAGGACACUGUCUGAUGUUAUUUUUGUAUAUAGACAUACAUACUUCCCUAAAAAGAGUGCAAAUGUUUUCCUCAAAUCUUAGUGCAGUUUAACCUUAUUUGUUUGGCUUUCACUUUAUGGGGAUACAUUCUUCACCAGGAUUUAUACUGAUAGCCUGUGAUGUGCCUAGUUGUUGUUAGCAGUGCCUAUCUCUGAGAUGAAGCAAAAUUGUGAGGGGGCAGGAGAGGUGAAGCAAUGCAGCACUUGAAAGACCUGUUAUCACUCGGAUCAUAGUCUCUUUUUUGGAGAAAUCCAAGUACAUUAGAGUAUUACAUGAGGAGUGUCUAAUCAGUGGGUAGACUUCGGUCAUAAAUGAAGCCAAGAGGUUUUUAUUUUGGCCUUGUUUGGCCAGAGGAAGAAAUACAAAAGGUUAGCCUGAGAAGCAAAAAACUCAUUCAGUGAAGAGGCUCAGAACAAACUCCAUGGUGUGGUUCUCCUUUUUAGCUUGCUGACACAUGCUGGUAUUUUACAUAGCAGUCAGCCACUGUUCUUGAUAGCCAAGGGUUCACAAUGGACAAUUGGAGAUCUGAAGUGGCAAGUGGGAAAGUCAGAAUGGCUGAAGAAAUACAUAGCACUGAAGCUUACACCAGUUAUCCAGAUGAAGCCGUGGUAUCACAGGUUACCCAACAGUAACUGAAUUGCUUCAAAUUAGCCAUCUGUGGCAUAAUACCAGUAGUGAUCUUGCUCUAUGCUUCUGUGAAGGCUGGUGCGCUGGUCAUAACCCCAUGCAAUAACGCGGACAGAGAGACCUCUUCUGUCACAAAGCCUGCCAGUGUGUAUGCCAGUUGCUAAAAUUUUGCAAAUGUGCAUUAGAACAGUGAGAUCACGAUGGAUUAGCAUUUUGUGUUACACCACUAUUGGUUUGUUUAUUUGAUCCAAUAUUAGAAGCCCUGUAGCCAGAUUUUACUGUGUUGUAAAACCUGAGCUCCUAAGAGAAGACUCACAGGCAUGCCCGUUCAAAAGGAAAGAUAUGCUCCAUCGUUUGUGUUUAAAUCUGUGCUCAAUAUCAGCUAGAAGACCCUUAAAUGUCCAGAUCACUGUCAAAAUUCCCUAUUAAGCCAUGCUUAAGUCCAUUAAGUAUAUGUAGAUAACAGCAAUUGCCUGGGUUGUUUUCCUUGACCAAAAUCUAGGGAAUCAUUUCCUAGCUCAGAAGUGAUCUUUAUGUGAACAUAGCCCAAAGUGGAGCAUAUCAGUAAACUGCUGCUAUAAUCUAGUUGAAAGUAGUUUUUGAGGGUCUUGAAAUUAUUUUUGUAUUGUAAGAAAUUCACUACUAGGUAAGUGAUACGUCUUAAGUAUAAAGAACUGGCUCUGACUAUUUUUGUUAAGAAUUAGAAAGUUUUAGUCAUAAGAGUUUGACAGUGGCCUUUUAACGCUACCUGGAUUAAAUAUUUAAAACAUAGAGUGUAAGUUUAAAUAUUGCAACAUCUUGGGUAUUUAGAACUGUGCUGGUUUAUUUGUAAAAUCUAAAUGUAUGUUAAUGGAGUCUUCAGUAGACUGGGGAAUUGACAAAAAAAAAAAAAAAACAGAUGGGAAGUUUUGCUCUGUA